CAUCAGAAUUUGGAACCCAGAUCCGGAGGUUGCCGACGGAAGAAAGCGCGCCCAGCAAAUGCUGUCUCAAGAUGUCCGUUCAGGGCUCCCCACCGCCUCUGGCCGUUUGGUCGGAAAGACCACAAGACCACGGAUGAAAUCGGGAGGAGGCUGGCGGACAGCCAUGACAAUUCCGGGACCUGGGGCAUGACCCCACAGGGGUCCCCAGGAGCAGAUGUUCCACGACCUAAGGAGCUAGAGCCGGCUCCAACUCCAUCAGCAGCUCUGCAGGGAGGGGUGGUGCCUGCAGAGACUUCAGCAGGAGCCCAGGAGCCGGCAGUUGACCCGGCACCUGCCCACGGAGAGCCUGACGCCGACCAGGAAGGGCCUGCUCGAGAACCUGUGCCCGGAGAGCCUGCCCCUGUUCCUGCCACUGUUCCUGCCGGAGCCAGGGCCCCUGGGCCUGCCCCGAACUGUGGCCCUGCUCCUUGCCCAGACCCCGCUCCUGCCCUGGAUCCUGACCCGUCCCUACCCCUGCCAGUGCCCCUGUCCCUGCCCCUGACCCAGAUACUGCCUUGGUUCCUGUAUGUGCCAUUGCUGCAGACCCUGUCCCUCCCCUUGCACCUGCCCCUUCCCCUUCCCCUGCUUGUGCUCCUGUUCUGGCCCCUGACCCAAGUCCUGCCCCUUCCCCUGCCCAUACACUUUUCCCCGAGUCUGCGGUCGUGUGAAGGGCGGCUGCGCUGGUGCGAGCCUGUCCUGGCAUCAGAUCUCUGA